UGUCACUGUAAAGUGCGAACAGCGAAACUGCUCGCACGUACGCUGCGGAACCAGUGUAAACGGCUACGGCUAUUCUAUCCCACCAUGGCCAUACGACGAACCAAACUAAAGCCGCAGCCGAGCCACAGCAGGCUCGGCUGGCUAUGGCAACAUCUCAAAAUGGCAGAAGAGUCUGUUGUUGUGGCCGAAACAGUGGUCGAAAUUUCGGCUGAGGCCGAAACGAACUGCUGUGUUGACAUCAAGGAAUUCAAUGCAUUCUGCGAUUUCCAUUUUCCUCUUGUCAGGACUAGCAGCAACAGCAGUAAAACUAUCAGGAGGGCCAAAGGGGAGAAAAUAAUACAAUGCUUGAGGGGAUUCGAUACUGCGGACGACAAGUUUAAAUAUUGGGUUCGGAGGAAGGGGCUUCAACUGCGACAGUUCCCAGAGCUCGGACUGCAGGAUGUGCUGUGCCUACCGCGGAAAAAUACCAAGACUGAUGGACUCAAUGAUGCAGCUGAUGGGUUGUUUGGAGCAUGGCGAUGUGUUGCAUUUGUGGAAGAUUUCCACAGCCUCUUGCUGAAGAUUCACGAAGAUACCCUCAAUCACCGUGGUGGCUACAAAACAGUGCUGAGAGAGGUUGGAAAGACCUAUGCCUGCCUUCCCCGCAGCGCAGUACAACAGUUUGUCAACAUGUGCAGAGUCUGUGGGAAUGCCAAGCUGGAACCAGUGCAGAGAGACGACAGUGUGGGACAAUUCACUGGCUCUUCAAGAAGCAACAGGCAGAGGAAGAAAAUGAAAAAAUUGACCUCAAAGCCCCACCCCUACUCACCUUCCACCAUGGCCCUAGCAUACCGUGCUGUCAAAGAAGGAGGGGAAACAAUAAGGGGGGCCGCUCGCAAAUAUGGCCUGCCAGAAUCAACCAUCCGGUCGCGGUUGAGCAAAAACAAUGCAUCCAAGAUCUCUGGAUCAGUAGCAGAUCCCAUAUUUAGCUUAGAGGAGGAGACCCAUUUGGUUGAGCAUCUGAACAGGAUGAUGGACUGCGGGUAUUCAUUUGGAAAGACAGAGGUGAUGGAUGCAGCAAAUAAGUACGCCUUGAGCCUCAGCAAGCGGGACAGCGACCACCCGCUAUCCAACAGGUGGUUUGGCAGCUUUGUGAAGAGAUGGCCCACGCUGAAUGUCACCAGUCACCACCAGCGCAGCCUGGACUCCAGGAGAGUCAAGGCUAGCUCUCGGGAGGCUGUGUCCAAAUACUACACAGGGCUGGCACAGCUGCUGGCUGUGCACGGCUUGGAAGACACUCCUGAGCGUAUCUUUAGCCUGGACGAGAAGAGCGUCAAGGUAUACCAGGCAGAUGGCGGAGCAGAUUGGCAGCUUGCUGUGACCAUUAUUGGCUGCGGGGAUGCCUUGGGUUGCCAAAUACCGCCCUAUUUUGUUUUCCCAGGUCACCGGAUGAGGCAUCAGCUGCUGAAGGGAAGCACACCAGGGGCCAGUGGUACAGUCAGUGAUUCCGGUUGGUCUAACACAGACAUCUACAAGGAUUACCUGUUGAGCCACUUUAGGAAGUACGGCCAGGGAGGGGACAAAGACAAGCCCUGCCUCAUCCUCUAUGAUGGCCACAGGGAGCACAUCACCUUGUCCCUGGUAGACUGGGCCAAGGACCACCACAUGAUACUCUCCAUUCUUCCUGCCCACAUGAGCCACACUUUGCAGCCUGGGGACGUCAGUUGCUUUGGGCCUUUUGAGCACCUCUACAGCCAGGAGUGCCACAGAUACAUGCAGGAAAACUCUUGCACCGGGAUCGACACAGAAUCUGUUUGCAAACUUGCCUGUGAGACAUACGCUGUGGCCCUCUCGCCUUCUAACCUCCAGGCAUUUUUCAAGAAGGCGGCAAUAUACCCCCUAAACCAACCAGCAAUUGACAAGUCCUUCUUCCCACUGAACAAUAAUCAGAGCCAAACAGCUGCACAGGUUGACUCACAGCAGGCUCUGGAUUCCUCUAGGUCGGGCCAGGCCAGAAGCAAUCUGGGAAUGCUCACCGACGAUCAGCUCCUCAACCUCUUUGGGCAAGAACCCGGCAUGAACAGUGGCCUGGCGCAGUUUGUCCAAAUUGGAGAUGAAAGCCCCGUCAAGAAACUCAAAACCUCAAAGAAAAGAAAGUGUCUCUGCUUCCUAGUUUCAGGCAAGGCCAUCACCGACGAAGCCAUUCUUGAGACGCUCCAGGACUCUGCAUCAAAGAAAACCAGCCGAUCCCUCAAAUUCAUAUCACAUAUGUCAAAGUCAAAGAAGGUUAAGAAGGAUGCUGAGAGCAACUCAACCUCUUUGGCUGACCAACAGGAAACAUCAGGCGACCAGAAUCUUGAAGAUACAUAUGACGCCUCUUCCUCAUCAGAUGAAUCAGAUGACCUGGCAAAAGCAGACUCUGUAGUGGGCAUACUCCACAUCUUACAGUGAAUGACAUUUGUGGCUGAAAUGCUGCCUUUUGUAUUUGGUUUCACCAUCAAGUUUUCAAAUAUCUGCAGUCCGCUUUGGAUGUACAACCCCUGAUGCCACAUAUUAGUGUUCUGUGGAUGCAAAACGUUUCACGUUCCAGCUUUAAACUGGCAUAAAAAUCAUAAAUGAAUGUGUUCAUUGCCAAUCAUUAUGCUGUUAAUUCAAUCAAAUGUUUUAAAGGAUUACACCACAGAUCCACAACUGUUUUGGAAGGACACAGAAUGUUAGUUAAACUGAAGUGUCGUAUAGAGUUCCUUCAACUAUUUUGCAACUGUUCGAUCCAAGUUGUUUCACAUUUCAAACCCUGCUCAGCUAAACCAAUUUUCUUGAAACUGAUCAUUUGUUGUAAACAGCUUAAAUGUACGCAACAUGCUCGGCAUUACUCGGCAUAUGUUGCAUGAAGACUGCUGAUUGAUAUUAAGCCCUUUGACAAAGGAAGUCUGGAUGUUUGGAACUGAACCUUCCCUGUGUCUGUAGAGUUCGUUUAACCUUGCCUGCUAUGAUUCCAAAUCUUUCACAACACAUACGAUUAAGAAACUCACAGGGCUAAGAUUGUGGUUGUGAAGCUAACACAUGUACAUCCUGUGGGCUGUGGCCAAUUCAAAAUUAUAUAUGGAAACGUGUAGAAAAUAAGGGUUUGUAAAAAUAAAUUAAGCAUUCAAAGCUUAUUCUCAAACAGAAAUGACCAGAUGUCAAUUAGGAAUAAAAUGAGGCCUUCUAAAGUGA